GGUGAAACCAAAGUCCUGAAGCUGAAAAACCUGCGGCCCCAGGAUUACGCCAGUUACACGUGCCAGGUGUCCGUCCGCAAUGUCUGCAGCAUCCCUGACAAAUCCAUCACCUUCCAGCUCACAAACACCACAGCCCCUCCUGCUCUGAAGCUGUCUGUCAAUGAGACAUUGGUGGUCAACCCUGGUGACAACAUCACUAUGCAGUGCUCUCUGACGGGCGGCGACCCACAGCCAGAGGUGGUUUGGUCUCACUCUCCUGGCCCAAUGCCUCCCAAUAGCCUUGUGCAAGGAGGCAACCUCACCAUCUGGAGGAUCCGUGUGGAAGACUCGGGCUACUACAAUUGCACAGCCAUCAACAACGUGGGGAACCCAGCAAAGAAGACAGUGAACCUGCUGGUGCGGUCCAUGAAGAAUGCCACGUUCCAAAUCACCCCUGAUGUGAUCAAAGAGAGUGAGACCAUCCAGUUAGGGCAGGACUUGAAGCUCUCAUGCCAUGUAGAUGCUGUCCCCCAGGAGAAGGUUGUUUAUUCCUGGUACAAGAACGGGAAACCAGCCAGGUUCUCAGACCGGUUGCUCAUCACCCGGAAUGACCCUGAGCUCCCACCUGUGACCUGCAGCUUGGAGAUUAUUGACCUGAGAUUCAGUGACUACGGCACCUACCUGUGUGUGGCUACCUUCCAGGGAGCACCCAUUCCUGACCUCAGUGUGGAGGUAAACAUCUCCUCGGAGACAGUGCCACCAACCAUCAGUGUCCCUAAGGGUCAGUCCACCAUCACCGUCCGGGAGGGCUCCAGGGCUGAGCUGCAGUGUGAAGUUCGAGGGAAGCCCAAGCCACCCAUCAUCUGGUCCCGGGUAGAUAAGGAAUUGCCCAUGCCUUCAGGAACAAUGACGAUGGAGACGUACGAUGGGAAGCUGUGCCUGGAGAGCGUGAGCCGAGAAAUGAGCGGGACCUAUAAGUGUCAGACAGCCAGGUACAACGGCUUUAACAUCAGACCCCGGGAAGCCCUGGUGCAGCUCAACGUGCAGUUCCCACCCGUGGUAGAGCCGACCUUCCAGGACGUGCGGCAGGGCCUGGGGCGCAGCGUCACCCUGCGCUGCACCAUGCUGAAGGGCAGCCCCAUGAAGGUGGCCACCUCUGUCUGGCGCUUCAACGGGACCCUGCUGGCACAGCCCCUGGCAGAGCAGCAGGACUACUCGGAGCUGAAGGUGGACAGCGUCAGCCGGGACACCAGCGGUAGCUACGAGUGCAGCAUUUCCAAUGAUGUUGGGGUCUCCGCCUGCCUCUUCCAGGUGUCUGCAAAAGCUUACAGCCCAGAGUUUUACUAUGACACUCCCAACCCCACCUUGAGCCAGAAGCAAUCCAAGAAUUACUCUUACGUCUUGCAGUGGACGCAGAAGGAGCCUGAUGCUGUGGAUCCCAUCCUCAAGUACCGCCUGGAAGUCCGGCAG